AACCUUUGAAUUUUGGUUCGCUUACACAUGUUUACAGGACCAACAAUCAUAAUUAAGAUGUCUAAAAGUUCCCUGCCUUCAUGAUAGGGAAAAGCUUUGGUUUCAAAAUAUGAUGAAAGUAACUUGAAUGGAAAUGAGCGAGGGUAAUGAUGACGACUUCAUAUGAGUACUGCACAUUGCAUACUUAGCUUAAUCAAGACUUUGGAAGGCAAACCCCUCUAAUUAAGGGUUUCCUCGCUUGGAAAACGAGUAGAGUAGAGCCGUGUAAUCAAAGUUGACCUUGACUCUCUAACUACGAGCAAAUCGAAAUUGAACAUUCUGGGUAAAUUUACCAAAACAUGGUUGCCCAAAAAUAACUAAAGUUACGGAAAGAAGUGGACGUGGAUCAGAUUGCCCAUCCAUAGGUUGACAGAAGAUUGAGGACUUACCUCAAACUUUCCAACAUGUGCAUACUUGUAAUACAACAAUAGGUUAGAUAGAUAAACGUUCCUCCCAUGACAUGGAUUGCUGACGUAAUAUUUCCUACAAAACUGGUGAGGAUUCAAAAACAAAUAUAAGCACGAAAUGAGGUAAAUCAUCUGAAUUGAUCAUGAUUUGACGUUAUAAUGUCUACCAAGAAGUAUUGGUGAACUCAUAAACGAGUCACCUACAUACGUAUUUACUGUAUGAAUGUCUUGUAAAUUAAUCCAGCAAUGUAACGAGAGCUUAACUUUGUUGGGUUUCACAAUUUUCUUGGGCUCAACAGGGAAAAAUAGAGGGUGAAAAUAAAUUUUACCAAUCUGCAAAUAUUUAGUUCUGUUCCCAUUAUUCUUUCCAAUGCCACCGAGGAGGAGGAGGGGGGGGGAUCUUUAUGUAGGUUAGCACUUGAACGUGAGCCCGCCAUGGCCAGGUUUGGGACUGUCUUCAUGUUGGAUUGUUGAUUCGUUCUUGCGCCUUCUAGCUUAAGACAAGGACGACCAUGAUAUCGAUGUCUCCAUCAAGUCAAAUGAGUAUCGACAAGCCACUCCAAUUGUCGUGCUCCUUGGGUGAGACCUGGAACAAAAGCAUGAGAAGGUGGAUUUCACAUGAAAAGUCUCCCUCGUUUCCUCCCUCAAAAUUUGGCAGAUCCCAGUUGGAUUUGCAUGGCCAAACCAGGAACUUGGAACUAUCUACAAAAAUAGUACAAUAAAAUCAGAUUGCCAAUCGUUCACCAUGAAGAAGAAACUCCGCCAGAAACUAAGGAAACUUGCCAAGUUGAGGGCUCAAUUAUCCGGUUCACCCACUGAGAGUAACGAAAUGGACAAAAUGGCCCAUCCGCCCCAUUCUCUUGCUUCUCCUCCGCCUCCGACCAAUCUCAAGCUCAAUAUUCCGCUGCCAACUUCGAAGAAGGCCGUCUUUGAUAUAUUUACGUUAUCGAAAACGAAUCAAAUUCUUCAAGGCCAUAGUCCAGCCAUAGCGGAUAGCCUCUCACCAAUUCAGACUGCCAAGAGUAAACGAAAAGCCAAAGCGUUAAAAGGAGCUCGCCAAUGGAUCGAAUUGGUCGCCUCCGAGCUCUUUUCCGCCCAAGUCAAUGUUGUGCCAAAACCUGCCGAAUUUAACACGGAAUUGACCCCCGUCGAUCCAGCCCGAAGUAGGUAUAAAUCCAUCGACGAGUUUGGAACACCCCAUGCUCACUUAUGCAAACUGGUACGACAGCAUCUGAUUCAAAGAAUCAUCAAAAAACACGCCUUGGUCCAACCCCGAGUGAAAACUAACGUCACGGGUAAAAUUCCCACCAAAGAUGAAUUGGAUCAAUGGAAGCUCAAAAGAGCCAGGAAGAGCGAAGAGAAUCGAAGGAAGAAGAGGAAAGUCAUUAGAACAAAGAAGAAGAAGUUCCCCUCGCGAUUGAGACAAUGUCGCACUUGCGGAGAUUAUCAUUUCCGUCGUUAUUGCGGCAAUCGAGAUCUGAAGAUCAAUCUCAUGGUCAAGCAGAUCUAUCAAAAGACCGAAAUCAUCAAAGAAACCAUGGCCGAUGCUUGGGAGAAGAUCGAAGCCCUGGAAAACGCCUACGAGGAUAUGCUCAAUAAGGCCCUGCGGAUUCAAUCGAAUCGAGUGUGUAUCGAGAAUCUAACGGGAGAGGAAUACCCCGGCGAGAAUCACCCGGGCCAAUGCCCUUGCGCGGAACAAGAGGCCAAAGAGCAACUCGACCUGAAACGCCAAGAAGAACGAGCUCAGGAAGAACAACGGAAACGGAAGGAGGACGAGCUCAGGAAAGAGGGCGAGCGCCUCCGAAGAGAGCAGAUCCUGGAGAUGCGCAAGAAGCGCUUCUACACAAGGCUCAAACAAGAUGGACAAACCGUUGUACCCAAAAAAUCACAGCCGGCUUUCACGGACUUGGUUCGAUUCAAGGAUGAGAUCGGACGCACUCGAAUUCGAAGGGAUUCCGAUGAGGCCACAACUGUAUCGUCAGGCAUCUUGGAAAGCGACUCGGAAGACAAUCAUCUAAAGAGCAGUGAAAGAGCCAAGGAGGAUAAGGUGUCUCCCUGGCUUAAAGCUGGCUUGAACGAAUUAACUCGAUUAGAAGCCUCGCGGCGCAGGUCAAAACUAACUUUGAUGGAUGGGUUCGACGAUCCCAUUCGCAAAGAGCGAAGUUUACUCUCGAAAGCCAUGGCCAAGGGCUUUGGCAAAGAGCUCGAUUUGAUUGUCAUGGAUGGAACAGUGAAAUGCAUUGGCUCUCGAUUUGAGGAGGACGGGGGCAGGAUUGAGCAACAACUAACCAUUGAAUCCAUUAACUUUGACGAAAUGACUGAUCAGAGCGGAAACUUGACUCCGAAAUUCGAGGACCAAACCCCGCCUUUAGUGCGCUGGAAUGAGCCGGAGGACAUCUCUCUGCCCAUGAGCUUGGAGCCAUCGUUGUCUGAGCGACUCGAAAAAUCCGUUCAAGAGGAAACGGAAACGGUACUCACUUUCAACGAGUUCCUUGAUCUAAUGGAAGUAUUCUAA